UCUUGGCUAUUAAAGCAUGAAAGCACCAAACUCCACAUAAGAGGGGAGGAACAAAAAGGGGCUAGUGAUAAAUGUAGUAACAAUGUUUUUUCUUAACAUUAGCUUACAAAUAAAUAUUCAUUAGCUUACAAAUAAAAAUAAAAAUAAAAAUGAUGGGAUUGUCUGAUUGCGAAAUUUGUGUAAAUGCAGAUGCAGGGAUAUUGAUAGAGUAUAGUUAAGUAGUUACAGUUAACAGAAUAGAAUGUGCGUGGUUGAGUGUUAGAAAGAUGGCAACAAUAAUAACUCGACCGCAUAUUCUUUUGCAUUCUUUUUCUCCAUCACUGAAUCUCAAUCUGAAACCCUUGUCAUCAUUAUCCCUUUUUCGCUGCACUAAACUCCCAAAUUCGUUACACUCCAAUUCCAUCACACUCACUCCUCGCCGUAGCUUCUGCUCCGCCAAUUCCACACCACCUCAUCGUAAAUCCGAAUCUAUUUCCAUAGUAAACGACCUUCUCGAUUACCUCAACGAAUCAUGGACUCAUUUCCACGCCACAGCUGAGGCUAAACGCCAAUUAAUCGCCGCAGGUUUUCACCUUCUUGACGAGAACGAAGAAUGGAACCUCAAGCCAGGUGGACGCUACUUUUUCACACGCAACAUGUCUUCUUUGGUUGCUUUCGCCGUCGGAGAAAAGUACAAUGUGGGUGACGGUUUUCAUGCGAUAGCGGCGCACACGGAUAGUCCGUGUCUGAAACUGAAACCCAAAACGGCGUCGCUGAAGUCUUCUUCUUAUUUGAUGGUAAAUGUUCAGACUUAUGGAGGUGGUUUAUGGCAUACUUGGUUUGAUAGGGAUUUGAGUGUUGCAGGGAGAGUUAUUCUCAGAAAGAGUGAUAAUUCUUUUCUUCAUAAGCUUGUCAAAGUCAAUAGACCCAUUUUGCGUAUUCCCACUCUUGCCAUUCAUCUUGACCGCACAGUGAACCAGGAUGGUUUCAAACCAAAUCUAGAGACUCAUCUUCUUCCUUUACUCUCGGUGAAACUUGAGGACACUUCUUCAGAGACAAAAGAGAAGACUGCUGCAUUGACAUCCAAAGCUUCUCAUCAUCCAUUGCUUAUGCAGAUAUUGUCAGAGGAGUUGAAAUGUGAUGUUGAUGACAUAGUGAGUAUUGAACUGAAUGUUUGUGAUACUCAACCUAGCUGCCUUGGAGGUGGAAACAAUGAAUUCAUAUUUUCUGGAAGAUUAGAUAAUCUUGCUUCAAGUUAUUGUGCAUUAAGGGCACUUAUUGACUCAUGUGAAUCUUCCAGUGACUUAGCAAGUGAACAUGCAAUUCGGAUGGUUGCUCUAUUUGACAAUGAAGAGGUGGGUUCAGAUUCUGCUCAAGGAGCUGGUGCCCCCACCAUGUUUCAGGCCAUGAGACGUAUAGUGGCUAGCUUGGCAGACAGCUACAUUGGUGAAGGCUCUUUUGAGCGCACUAUUCGCCAAUCAUUUCUAGUGUCUGCAGAUAUGGCCCAUGGAGUUCAUCCAAAUUUUUCAGAUAAGCAUGAAGAACACCACCGACCAGAGCUGCAGAAAGGACUUGUUAUUAAGCACAAUGCAAACCAGCGCUAUGCUACCACUGGAAUCACAUCUUUUCUUUUUAAAGAAGUUGGGAAAAUCCAUAACCUUCCAACUCAGGAAUUUGUGGUUAGAAAUGACAUGGGAUGCGGAUCAACCAUAGGUCCAAUACUCGCUUCUGGUGUUGGCAUCAGAACUGUUGACUGUGGAAUUCCUCAACUUUCAAUGCACAGUAUAAGAGAAAUAUGUGGGAAAGAAGAUAUAGACAUUGCUUACAAGUAUUUCAAAGCUUUCUAUCAAAACUUUUCCAGCAUAGACAAGAUGUUAACUGUGGAUAGCUGAGCUGUGUUGCUGAGCCUGUGUUUGGUACCAGAGUUGUAUUUGCUAAGGAAGUGGUGAUAGUGGAAUCAAAACCCGACAUUGAUUUUGCAAUCAGUUAAGAUUAGAUCAAUCGCAGAACAAAGUUCUCCUAAAACCAUAGGUCAUGAGUUUUCUUCCCUAGCACUUAGCAUUUCGUUGGAUUAUACAAGAGUUUUGUUUUUACAAUUAUGAUCGAGUUCAGGUCCUCUCUAUUUGCUCAGAGGGCAUCUGUUAAUACAUUAAAACAAUUAUAAUUUUUGGUUUUGUUUGGUUCUUAUUAAUACAUUAGUUAUACCAGCAUAUGCUGGAUGAAAUAAAACAUGAAAAAGAUAAUCAGGCAAACUAGAUAAUCAAAUGGUCAAUUCCCCAGAAUUCUAUACUCA